CACGAGUUCUCGAACAAUAACUACAGGGUGAGGAUAAGAUGACUUUAUUCUUGCUGCUUCUUUUUUGUUCUGUUUCGUCUGCAGUGAAACAUUCAUUGCAGUAUUUUGUCACUGGAUCUUCUGGACUCCCAAACAUCUCAGAGCUCACGGGUGUUGGAGUGGUUGAUGGCAUUCCUGUGGCUUAUUGUGAUGGCAGCAACAAGGUAAUAGAACCAAGACAGGACUGGGUGCAGAAAUUGUUAGAUAAUGACCCAAAGAUGUUGGAAUGGCACAAUGAACAGUGUUUCAAGAUUCUGCCAAACUUCUUCAGAGACCGGAUUUUAAGUUUGAAGCAGCAGUUUAACCAAAGUGGAGGAGUCCACAUUUUACAGAAGAUAGCUGGCUGUGAAUGGGAUGAAAACACUGAUCAGGUGUCAGGUGUACUACGUUUUGGUUUUAAUGGAGAAGACUUUAUUGAGCUGGAUGCAAAGAAAAAGACAUGGAUCCCACUGAUAUCAGAGGUUACUCCUGAGAGAUGGGAUGCUGGCAGAUCUACAAUAAAUCUCUAUGAAGAACUCAUCACUAAGAGUUGUCUAGAGUGGCUGAAGAAGUCUUGGGAUUAUGGAAAAAGUUUGCUGCAGAAAACAGUUCUUCCAUCAGUGUCUCUACUCCAGAAGACUCCCUCCUCUCCAGUCAGCUGCCAUGCUACAGGUUUUUACCCUGACAGAGUCAUGAUGUUCUGGAGGACAGAUGGAGAGGAGAUCCAUGAAGGUGUGGACCACAGAGAGAUCCUUCCCAACCACGAUGGGACCUUCCAGAUGAGUGUUGAUCUGAAUGUUUCAUCAGUCAAACCUGAAGACUGGAGAAGAUGUGACUGUGUGUUUCAGCUCUUUGGUGUUGAGGACAGCAUUGUCACCCAACUUAAUACAGCAGUGAUCAGAACCAACAGGAAAGAGAUGUCUUCUAACAUGGCCAUCCCCAUCAUUGUUGUCCUUGUUCUUAUCCUCGUUGGAGCUGCUGGAUUUGCUGUUUACAAAAAGAAGAAAGUCUACUUGGAAACAGAUGACCCGGAGUCAACAACCAGCCCCUAGAGACCCUGAGGGCCCAAAGUUAUUGCCUUGUUUGGAAGGUGUUAUAGAAAUGAGAAGUUCUAUGUUUGUUUUUAGACUUUUAAGAUGUAUCAUUGAUUGUAAUCGAUGUAUUUUAAUCUGUAAUUGACGCACAAGGGGGCGUAAACCCCGAUGCUAUAAAAUCAUCAUCCAGUGUAUUUUUGUCAGAAGACAUAUGCUGAUAUU